AUGCCGCAGCACAGCUGGAUAUCUGAAAAUUUCUAUUUGUGUGAAGGAUGCACUGUACCCCGUUGGCUACUAUAUGAAUUGUAUAUGGAAACCUGCAGUCCAAAUUCCAAGUCUCAAGUAAAUUCAGCCACCUUUGGAAAGCUUAUUCGGUUAGUUUUCCCGGGCCUGAGGACAAGAAGGCUGGGCACGAGAGGGAGUAACAGGUAUCAUUAUGAUGGAAUAGCUAUCAAGAAGGACUCUUCCUUUUAUGCACGUUAUUGCUCUCUUCUGCCUGAAAAAAAUUAUCACAGGCACCGCUCUCAAGGGGAAAGGAGCAGCUCUGCCUGGCAGCUGAGCACCUCUGCAGGCACCAGUGGAAAUGCCUACAGAUAUGGAGAUGCAGCUGGUUACAAGAGCACCAGCCAAAAAAAAAGAACAAGCAAGAAUGUACACCAUUCUCCACCUGCCAUUUAUCUGAAGAGUGAACAAGACAGAUUUCAGUACCCUUGGCUGGAAUUCAGCAGAUUCUAUCUUUGGGAGCAAGAGAUAAGGAAGAAAUACCCCUAUGAAAUGGUUGCACUGCUUGCCAAUGAGUACUACAGCCAUUGUCAAGAUAUUUUACACAUGGUGAGAAGAGGCGAGCUUGACAAGGUGAGAGACUGCAUCAUGUCAUUCUGGAGGUCUCUGCAGCCUGAAAGGAUAGCACUGAUGUCCUUGCCAGAUGUGUGCCAGCUGUUCAAAAGCUAUGAUAGGCAGCUAUUCAAGGAAAUCGAGAACAUCCUACUACAUGAUUUCCUGGAGGAUGUGCAUGUGGAACACAUUAAGUCAAUCAGAUUGUUCAGUAAAAAUGUUGAACUUUGGCUGCUUAAUGCUUUGCAAGAGUUUCCAUUGUCACUCCAAACAUCCAAGUCUACAGAAGUUACAGUGUUUAUUAAAAGACUCGGCAGAAAGACAGACCUCUCUAACAUGGCCAAGACAAUGAGAGGAGUCUUGAACAGCAACAGCAAAGUCACUGUGCUGCUAUCAGACUUGCAUGCUGUCAUCAAUCAGGGAUUUCUGGAUGUGCCUGGAAACCUCUUUGAAGAGAACUUUAGGAAUCCGGAGGAGCUGCCGAACAACAUAGAACUGAAAUGUUUGAAGGACUUAAUGGCUUUGCUGGCGUCUUCCACAGAUAUCCGGGUUCUUCUGAACUGUAUGGCUUCAAAUCUUCAAGCUUUUGUCAUUCAGCCAAGCAGCAGUAAAGAAGAACUGAGAAAACUGGCAUCAGAUUUUCAGUUGAGAUGGAACUUCCUGUUGAGUGCAGUAAGCAAGGCUAUGACCCUCAACUACGCAGGCAGUUUUGGAUCCUGGUAUUUGCUUAAUAUGCUACUCAUGGAUUUCGUGGCUCACAUUUUCCUGUCCUAUAUAGAGGAAGAUGGAGAUGAAAGUUUCUGGGUCUCAAAGCAAAAUGAGUCCCCUGUUCUGUGGUUUUAUGAGCCCAGCCAUCUCUGGGGCUAUUUUGCAGAGAAGCAACCUCAAGCCAGUGCUCCACAGACAGCUCUCUUUUUGAUGCAGAGCCAGAAUAACUUCGGAUUAAGCAAUGGUUUUCCAGAGUUUUGA